UACUUUCACGUCCACAUACCCGGAUAAAAUCAUCGUCUUACCUCGCUACUUCACGGAAUCCAGACAUCAUACGACGAAGGUGCCAUAGCCGGAACAAAACUGGUCUCCCUCUUUCAACUGGUAUUCUUACGAAAAACACUUCUUUGUUGCAAUCGUGAGCAAAAUAAUUAUGUUUGGAACCUGAUUGAUGAAACGGGUAAUGGGUGUUAAUUGGUUUUUUGGCCUAUUCAGUAUUUUCGGAGUUUUGGGAUUUUUCUAGAACUAGGGUUUGCGAUGAAAAGCCGAUCGCAUCGUCUGCCGACAAUUUCGGACACACCCGAUGACUGGGUGGACGAAUCUUGGACGGUGGAUUGUGUGUGUGGGGUUAAUUUUGAUGAUGGAGAAGAGAUGGUUGAUUGCGAUGAAUGUGGUGUUUGGGUGCAUACCAGGUGCUCGCGAUAUGUCAAGAGUGAGAAAUUGUUUGCCUGCGAUAAGUGUAAAAGCAAGAAGCUUAGAAAGGAGAGUGAAGAAACGGAGGUUGCACAAUUGUUGGUUGAGUUGCCUACUAAAACAUUGAGGAUGGACAGCCCGUAUCCCAUGAGUUGCCCACCUCAGAAUCCAUUACAGGUUUGGACCGAGAUUCCUCUAGAAGAAAAGGUUCAUGUGCAGGGUAUUCCUGGUGGUGAUCCUUCUUUAUUUGGUGGGGUGUCUUCGAUUUUCAGUCCCGAGCUUUGGAAGUGCACAGGAUAUGUCCCCAAGAAGUUCAAUUUUCAAUACAGGGAGUUUCCUUGUUGGGAUGAAAGGCAGGAUGAUGGUAACGAAGGCAAGGAAGAAAUGGAAACUCGUGCUAGUAAAGGGGCUGAUGCUUUGUUUUCUUUGUCAAAGGAGAACGCAUUGCCAGCCCAAGUAGCAGCUUUUAGUGGCAUGAAAACUCUGGAUAAUGGAGGAUGUGAUAUGGGUCCGCCAACUACUGAUAAGAAGAAACAAGAGGUUGAGAAUUAUGAAGGUAAACGCCAGCACGGUGGUGUGAGAAGGGAAAGGAGCUUACCGAAGCCUAUUGUGAUUCAUUCAGGCAACCAAAAGAAAGAUGAUUCCAGGGUGUUCAAGGACCUAAACAGGAAGAAAAAUGGCAAAGCUGUGGAUAAAGAAGGAGAUUCUAGGAAGAGAGAUCUCCAUUCUUUUGAAUCAGUGCCCACCACGUCAAGUGAUGCAAAACACUCAGAAUCAUACGAAGGCAAAGGUCUUAAGGUUUUCAAGACUGAUAAGCAAAGUUGCAAACAUGAAAAUUCAAGGGAGGAUGUGCAGGCCAAUCAUAAAUCAGGCGGUUGCCUUGACAUGUUCAACACCAAUAACAACCCCUCCUCUAGUGGACAACCUUCGGAGAAAGUACCUUUUGAUGAUUCAGGACUAAAUCCCUCAAAAGAAGCAAAACAAAUGGAAGAAAAUGAUGGAAAUCAAGUUCCUCCAAGUCUUGAGAUUUCUCCUCAAACAGAGGAUGGCAUGGCAUCAUCACUAAUACACAAUCCUAUGGAAACUAUUACCAUGAAAGAUGAGGUCGGCCAGGAUGUUGUUGAUGAUGUGAAUGAGAAUAGAACAAGUUGCAGUAGAAGUAAUGGAACUCAGUCUAACGUUAACAAUCUAGAAAAAGUGGGGUUGGCCCCAAAUAGUGAACUCCAUGCCAGCCCAUUGCGAUCAAUUGAAGUAAAAGCAGUAGAAACCAAUUGUCCUGGAAAGACCUCUAAUUCUGAAAUUCUUUCUAGUGAUAUAAAGUUAGAUAGCUCCAAAACUGUGCCCCAAGUUACAAGAAUUUCUAAUGAUCCUUUAUCUGCAAAUUUUGAAGUCAAGAAAGAAGCUGUAUCUGUGUCACAAAUCUAUAAGGUGCAAAAUGUUGACAAAGGCCUACCACAUGUUGAUGGUCAAGCCGAUGAACCUGAUGAACCACCCUGCGGCCCCAGCCAGCCCAAGGGACACAUUAAGGGAUCAGAAAAUUCCACAGUAGCUCGGGGUUCUUCAGAAUUUAAACAUGGGGCUGGACCCCCGGAAGGCCUGUCCAAAUCACAUGGAACAGUUAGAAGUCCUUCAAGAGCACCUAAUCAAUGUAAAGUGGCGGUAUCAACAGUAGUGAAAUCUUCUGUUGGAAAACCUUCAAAAUCAUCUGUUCCUGAUAAGGCGAGAUAUUCCAACGCUGAUGAUCGUAACUCAAGUGGGAAACAGAAGGGAGUGUGUGAUAAUAACAUCAAGGGUAAAAGAGAUAAUGCUAGUGAAUCACCACGGAUUGGAGAUGCUAGUGAGAAGCCUAAGAAAUUAGUAAAAGACCUUCCAAAAUCAUUGUCUACGUCUGCUCUAAAAUCAUCACAUUUGAGCAAAUCCUCACAUGCUCCUGUUUCCAAGAAGAACUCAUCUGAUUCAAAGGACCCUGCAAUCUUAUCAUCCUCUAAAAAUUCUUCGGUACAGAUAGCUGCUACACCAGAUUCUGGUGACUCCGCCAAUUCAUUGCGAAGUGAGAAUGGUACACUUGAACAGAAUAAAAGUACUUCAGAGUUAUCAGGAAGAGGUGAAAAGAUCAAUCAGUUAAAUAGACAGCCUGCACCGAAGAACAAUCCACCACAUGUUCACCCCCUUCCAUCUACCAACCCACCUGCAACUUUAAGUGAUGAAGAGCUUGCUUUGCUUCUUCAUCAAGAACUCAAUAGUUCUCCUAGAGUUCCUCGUGUGCCACGUAUGCGCCAUGCUGGAAGCUUACCUCAGCUAGCUUCUAGUACACCUACAAGCACACUAAUGAAACGAACUUCAUCUUCUGGAGGAAAGGAUAAUGGAUUGGUUUCAAGAAAGAAAAACAAGGAUUUAGCAAAUAACGGGCCAAGCAAUUCUCGCGAGUUUGAUGGAGCAAAGAAGGUGGAUAGGCUGCCGUCUCUGCCCAACUCAAGGAGGCAUGACCUUAUGAAAAAUGGAUCGGCUAAACAUAUUGAUAAGAGUGCCCCUCCUGCCUCAACAACUGCAAGCAGUGGUCCAUCUUCUUCUAAUGAAGCUAAUGAACACAAUAUGUCCUCCACGCGCACAUCCCCUCAGAAUGCUUCUGAUGACGAAACAGUAGCAAUUGGGGUUCCUACCCAUCGCACUUUACCAGGCUUGAUUGCUGAGAUUAUGAGUAAAGGCAGGCGGAUGACCUAUGAAGAACUCUGCAAUGCAGUUCUGCCGCAUUGGCCCAACUUGCGUAAGCAUAAUGGGGAGCGUUAUGCGUAUUCAAGUCACUCGCAAGCUGUUCUUGAUUGCUUGAGGAAUCGGAGUGAAUGGUCCAGACUGGUUGAUCGUGGUCCUAAGACAAACGCAGGUAGGAAGCGACGCAAGUCUGAAGCUGAUGCACAGAAUCUGGAGUCAGAAGAAGAUGAUUAUAGCACAGAUAGAAACACAAAGGACGUAGAUAGCAAGAGUUUAGAGUCCCAGCGGAGUGGAAAGCAGAAAGCACGAAAGCACAGGCGCCUUGCUUUGCAGGGAAGAGGAAUCAAGGAUGUUAGGAGGAGACGGAAAGCUGAAGUUCUUAGUGAUGAUAUUGAUUCUUCUGAUUCUAGCGAAGAAAGUGCGUUCAGCGAUGAAGGAGGGACAAACGAGGCCUCUGCUAGCUCAGAUGAGAUGGGAACAAUGAGUUGAACGUAAACGACCAUUUGACGAUCACCACUGUUUCAUCUCUUUGUAAGUAUGGAAACAAUGUUAGGAUCAGAAACUGCUUGUUGUACUUUUAGCAUUAGAUUUUUCCAUAACUGUAAGGUAGGAGGACAGAACAGUAGCAACAGUAGUGUGAAUGUAUUAAUUUAGCUGACUGAUGAUAAGGAUAUUUAACUGUAGUUUGUAUUCCUAAUGAUCCAAAUCCAAUAUGGUUUAGAAAA